AAAGCAUCAAAAACAGUCGCAGCUGUUGCGAAUUUGAUCGGAGCUCUUCGGUGGCUUUAUUUUAACUUUAGAUGUCAAUAUUAUAACUUAGUUUUUUUUUUUUUUUGAGCAGAUAUUGUAAGUCAGCGUCGCAAUUUGAUCGUUCUAAGUUAUCUAAGUGUAACUUUUUAUCGUUUGACAUCUAAAUGUCACCAUCAAACACAAUCUAGCGAUAAUAUUACAGGAACGUGGUUUUAAACGAAUAUUAAAUCACCUGGAGAUCGAAAGUCCAUUAAACUCACGUACUUUUUAAUAUUCUUCACUUAAGAGGUCAUGUCACCUGUGGAUAUAUGGGUGGGGUCUUGGAGGCCCCACAGACCAAGGGGCCCCAUCGCUGCGAUGUAUAACAGUCCAGGGCCAACAUAUGCUCUCCCAGGGGCAACCGGAAUGAACAACCAUGACCCGCGGAUGCAGAAAGGCCCAGCGUUUAGCUUCGGCACACGCCAUCGUGACUUGCAGGCCAACUUUUCCCCAGGGCCCGGAUACCUCGUUCCCUCCAACAUCACCAGGGUGGGUCGGGAUGGAACCCCUGCGUAUUCUGUCUACGGCCGACGGAAGGAUAUUCAGCCCUUCCAGACCCCUGGCCCAGGCAGUUACUCCCCUGAAAAUGCAACAAAGACCACCUAUUACUCGCCCCCUGCGUUCUCCCUCUCUGCGAGAACUAAAUUGUUCCGCAAUGACCAAACACCAGGUCCAGCUGCGUACAUGCUUCCCCCAGUAUUAGGGCCAAGAGUCGUGAAUAAAACAGCCGCUCCAAAUGUCUCCUUCAGCGGUCGUAGUCCUAUUGGCAGCUUUCAUGAAGAUUUACGGAAGACUCCAGGCCCAGGGACCUACCAAGUGGUGGAUUCAUGUGUGUACAAACACAAGGCCCCUCAGUACAGCAUAACUGGUCGCAACAUGAUGCCUGGGGACACUACCAAGAAACCAGGACCUGGAGCCCACCAUCCAGAAAGGGUUACUUUCACAGGAAUCAAAGCUCCCAGCUUCUCCUUUGGAAUUCGUCAUUCUGAGUACAUUGCUCCCAUUAUUGUGGAUGGUGGUGAUUAAACAGGUCCUUUCUGUUCUAAUAAAUUCUGUCCAACAAGCUA